GUGCUGUAGCGUGCGUGGCGACAGGCGGAGACAAAAACACAGCUGUGUGAUUUACUUUGAGACAUAACUGGCGAGAUAUAUCUGAGUCUUCUGAAGUAAAAUAAAGUACAUUUGGGAGAUUAUACCUUCCGCGCACAAUACGGAUUCCUUGCCAUGGCAGCCGAGGACGAGAGGGAGGUAGUUCGUGUCAGAGUCAAGAAAUGUGAAGGGGCGUUGCCAGCAGAAUCCCGCUCCUUUGCCGUUGACCCUCUGAUUACCUCCCUGGAUGUGCUGCACCACAUCCUCAUCCGGGCAUUUGAGCUCAACAGGAAGUGUAAUUUUGGGGUGAGUUACCUGUGCCGUGACCAUGGUGACAGUAACCAUGGCGAAGGAGAGGUGUACCAGUCCCUCCUGUCAGACCUGGACCUGGACUCUGCAUUUGCCCGCUCAGCCAAACCCUACCUGCUCUUAAAGAUGGACAUCAAACCAGCUGAGGACAGUCCCCUGUUGGAGGGCUGGGACAUCAUCAAUCCCAAAGAUGUGAUCAGUUCUGACCUGCUGCCCGGAGAGAGGAGGGGUCUGGCUGCUGCCGCCCUCCCCUUCACCCAGUCCCUGCUGUCUCAGGUGGGCCGGACCCUGUCCCGGGUGCAGCAGGCGCUGAGCUGGUCCUCCGGGGAGGAGGGGCAGCCGUUUAAACCCCCCCUGAGUGACUCCGAGUUCCACAGCUUCCUCAACAGCCAGGGCCAGCUGUGCCACCCCGAGGAGCUCCGCCUGCGUAUUUACCAUGGGGGUGUGGAGCCAUCACUGCGCAAGGUGGUGUGGCGGUAUCUCCUGAACGUGUAUCCGGACGGGCUGACGGGCCAGGAGCGGAUCGACUACAUGAAGAGGAAGAGCCGGGAGUACCAGCGGCUCAAGAGGGAGUGGCCCGCACGCGUCGCCCCCGGCGACCUGGACCUCAUCAGGAGCAGCGUGACGAAGGACGUGCGGCGGACGGACCGCACCCACCCGUACUACGCCGGGUCCGAGGACAACCCCCACCUGACCGCCCUGGCGGACCUGCUGACCACCUACGCCGUCACUCACCCACAGGUGUCGUACUGCCAGGGCAUGAGCGACCUGGCGUCGCCCAUCCUGGUCGUCAUGGACGACGAGGCGCACGCCUACGUCUGCUUCUGCGGCCUGAUGCGGCGGCUGGAGGGGAACUUCGCGGCGGACGGCGGGGCCAUGGCGCUGAAGUUCGGCCACCUGCGGCUGCUGCUGGAGCGCUGCGACCCGGAGCUGUUCGCCCACCUGCGGCGGCGCGGCGCCGACGGCCUGCUCUUCUGCUACCGCUGGCUGCUGCUGGAGCUCAAGCGCGAGUUCCCCUUCCAGCACGCGCUGCGCAUGCUGGAGGUCAGCUGGAGCUCCCUGCCCCCGGACCCGCCCGCCACCGAGCUCCGCCUGCUGGCCCCGCCCCCGGACCCGCCCGCCACCGAGCUCCGCCUGCUGGCCCCGCCCCCGGACCCGCCCGCCACCGAGCUCCGCCUGCUGGCCCCGCCCCCGGACCCGCCCGCCACCGAGCUCCGCCUGCUGGCCCCGCCCCCGGACCCGCCCGCCACCGAGCUCCGCCUGCUGGCCCCGCCCCCGGACCCGCCCGCCACCGAGCUCCGCCUGCUGGCCCCGCCCCCGGACCCGCUCGCCACCGAGCUCCGCCUGCUGGCCCCGCCCCCGGACCCGCCCGAGACCGAGCGCCGGCUGCUGGCCCCGCCCCCGGAGGCCGGUGCUAUGGGGUGCGGCCCCAGGGAGGAGGGGGUGGAGUGUCGGGGCAGAGGAGAGGGGGAGGGGGGUUCUCUUUCGGGGGAGCCUGAGGAGAGCGUCGCAGCACACCCCCCCUUUGAGAAGCAGCCCAGUCCCGGGGGGUUUAAGUACUACAGCACCCAUAAGGAGGACGGCUCUGAGCUGGCUCCGCCCCCUGUGAGUGGACGGCAGUCUGAGGAAAGUGGGGACCGCGCAGGCGAUAGAGAGCGCAGUUCUCCUAAAGGCCACACGGGGGCGGCGCUCUCCUCCCCCUCACCGCCCAACACGCUAGCCGCACCUGGAUUUGAACACGCCCCCCCUGCCCCGGUAACCGACAGGGCGCCGCCCUCGCGGGGGGGCCCGUCCACGCCCCCGCCGCUGCCCCCCCCGCAGGAGCUGGGGCAGGGGAACCCCUUCAUGCUGUUCCUGUGCGUGGCCCUGCUGCUGGAGCAGAGGGCCCAGGUGAUGCGGAGCGACCUGGACCAUAACGAGCUGGCCAUGCACUUCGACCGGCUGGUGCGCCGGCACAGCCUGGCCCAGGUGCUGCAGCGCGCCCGGACCCUGUUCGCCCAGUACCUGCAGAGCCAGGAGUGGGACUCGCAGCCGAGCGGAGAGGUCAGCCCCGAAGGCAGGCCACGCCCCCUGCAGCCUCCCACAGGCUCCGCCUCCUCCAACUCCACCUACAGGCUGACCAACACCGUGCCCUCAACGCACCCUCUCCCACCUCCCUCCUGACCAGUGUCAGCACACACACGCUUACGCAGUUAUACUCUCUCUCUCACACACACACAGAAUUAUACUCUCUCACACACACACAC